AUGGCCCCGAGAUCACCUAUCGAUGAUGGUUCCUCCCUUGCAACUCAAGUGGAGCAUGCCUUGAAGCUUUCGAAUGAUUAUGCUGUUGCGGUGCAACACCCUGACGGUCAUUGGAAUGGAGAAGUCCGCAGCAAUGUCACCAUCACUUCAGAGUAUAUCUUUCUUCGACAGGCCCUGGGAUUGGAUCUUUCAACCGACAGAACAGUCUUCACACGUCACAUACUUUCUCAGCAGAACCAAGAUGGAUCCUGGGGUCUGGCACCGGAGUAUCCAGGGGAUGUUUCAACCACAACUGAAGCUUAUCUCGCACUCAAGAUAUUGGGGACUAGCCAACACAUCCCAGUUAUGAGGAGGGCCCGAGCAUUCGUACUUGGUGCAGGUGGUAUUGCAGCUGUUCGUGUCUUUACUCGUAUCUAUUUAGCUACAUUUGGCCUCUUUCCAUGGGACGCAGCACCUCAGCUUCCAGUGGAGCUGAUGCUUUUGCCCUCUAUUUGCCCAAUCAACAUAUAUUCUUUCUCGUCCUGGGCUCGUGGUACUAUCGCACCUUUGCUGAUUAUAUGUCACCACCAACCCGUGUAUUCACUUCCUAAUGGUAAGUUCGCUCGAAACGACUAUCUCGAUGAGCUUUGGCUCGAUUGCACCAACAAAAAUGUACCGCUCAGCGCUUCUUUUUGGGAGAUGAUGUCCAAGGGAGAAAUCACAGGACUAGCAUUUGGUUUCUUGGACAGAGUUCUCUAUCACUUGAAUGGACUGCGCUCAAUUCCCUUCGUGAGAUCUUAUGCACGACGGCAGUGCAUGAAAUGGAUCCUGGAACGCCAAGAAGAAAAUGGGGACUGCGGUGGCAUAUUCCCUCCCCUGCAUGCUGCCAUAUAUGCAUUCAGUUUGGAGGGCUACAAGCUGGACGAUGAGCCCGUGCGUCUUGGGCUGGAGGCGAUGGAAAGAGCUGCCUGGGAAGACAAGUCGGGAAAGAGGAUUCAAGUCUGUACUUCUCCGGUGUGGGAUACCGCCUUGAUGACGAUAGGACUCUCCGAUUCUAUGGCAAUAGAGAAUAAACCCACUGAGAAAUCGAUCACUUGGAUCCAAAGCCACCAGUUGCUCGAGCCUCGUGGAGACUGGCGCAUAUCCCGCCCUCAGCUAGCCCCCGGUGGAUACAGCUUCGAGUAUGAAAAUACCUGGUAUCCUGACGUGGACGAUACGGCAGCCGUGCUUCUGGCUCAAGUCAAACACGACGCCCAAUCUAUUGCCUCGAACUCAGUGAUUGCUGCUGCAACAUGGAUUCUCGGCAUGCAGAACCCGGAUGGAGGCUGGGCUGCAUUCGAUGUGGAGAACGACAAGCUGUUUUUGAACAAAAUCCCAUUCAGCGACAUGGAUGCUAUGUGUGAUACAUCCUGUGCUGAUAUCACGGGACGAAUUAUCGAAGCCUUCGGUCUAAUUAUGAGACGCUCCUCUGAGAAAUUUCACGCAAGUCACUUGAUGCCUCAGUUGAGUGCAGCGUGUACACGUGGCGUGCAUUACCUUGCAUCCACCCAAGAGCCCGAUGGAUCUUGGUUCGGCAGAUGGGGAUGCAACUACAUCUAUGGCACGGGACAUGCACUUUGCGGAUUGGCGUAUUAUGUCGACAAUCCUCAAGUGCGCCUGAUGGUGAAGUCGGCUUUGCAAUGGGUGAAAUCAAGGCAGAAUACCGAUGGAGGCUGGGGUGAGUCGCUUCUAUCCUAUCAAUCUGCCGACUAUCAACGACAAGAAUCGACGCCUUCACAGACUGCGUGGGCACUGAUGGGGUUAUUGGCUCAUCUCCCUGUCGCGGAUGAAGCUAUCGAGCGCGGCGUUCGGUUUUUAGUUUCCUCGCAGAGACCAGAGAGAGACAUUGGGUCUUCAUGGCCACAGAAAGUCUAUACUGGUACUGGAUUUCCGAAUAAAAUGUAUUUAGGCUACGACUACUAUCGUCAUUACUUCCCCAUGAUGGCCCUUGGACGGUAUCUACAAGGAGUACGAGCACAGGGCUAA